AUGCGAGGUUCAGUUGAUCCUAAGUCAUUACUAUUUGAUCCAGAGAUUGACCGUACUUUCCAUCGCAGACUUGCACAACAGAGGAGACGCACUCAGGCUAUUAACAUGGCCGCUGAAGAAACACCAGCUCAGAUGGAAGCAAGGCUUCGUGCUGAGAUCACUGCUCAAGUUGCUGCCCAGACUGAAAGAGAUAGGCAACUUCGAGAAGAGCAGGAGGCUCAAAGGUCCUUGAGGGACAUCACUGCACCUCGUGUGGACUACAACUUUGAGGGGAGCAUUGUUGUACCUCAAGAUGCUCCUCCAGACUUCCAAAUCCCACCACACUUCAUCACUUUGGUCAGUCAACACCAGUUUGGUGGGAGUGCAAAUGAAGAUGUUCAUGGACACUUGGAGCGCUUUACCAGACAUUGCUCCACACUGAGAAGGAAUGUCAACCUGGACACCAUCAGGUUAAUGUUGUUUCCUUUUUCUCUCAGGGAUGUUGCUGAAGAAUGGUUGAGAACACAACCAUUGAGGAGUAUUACUUCUUGGGAUGAUUUAGCUGAGAAAUUCACAACUAAGUUCUUCCCCUACAACCGCAUAAGGAAGUUGAAGCAAGAGAUCAAUUCCUUCAUCCAGCUGGACUCUGAGAAUCUCUAUGAGACAUGGGAGAGGUUCAAAAGACUCUUGAUGAAAUGCCCAGGCCACAACAUCUCCACUGCUGACCAAGUGGAGAAAUUCUAUGCAGCUCUCAAUGACUACACCAGAGACAAGUUGGACACAGCUGCAAGCGGAGCCUUUGAUGCUCUACCAACCCAACCAGCACUUGACAUCAUAAACAAUUUGGCUGCUAGAGCUGCACAUUCAAACAAUGAUAGGCAGAACCAGAAGGGAGUUUAUGAGGUUGAGACUCUUGAUGCAGUUCUUGCAUCCAACAAAAAGCUUGCACAAAAGGUGGAUGCCAUGGUGAAGAGGCUCGAAUUUGGGCAAAGAAAUGCUGAGGAUGCUGAAUUUGAUGAAGAGGUUAAGGCCAUGGGGAAUUAUCAAAAUGAUCCCUACUCCAACACUUAUAAUCCAGGUUGGAGAAAUCAUCCUAACUUCUCCUGGAGGGACCAAAACAACUCAGGAGAAGCUAGUGGUUCAAAGCAAUUUCCAAAUCAGAGGCAAUACCAGCUGAAUCAAAGGCCUCCACCACCUCAAAAUCAGGGGAAUGGUAAGAAGAGUUUGGAGGAGAUUGUCGCUGAUUUGGCCCUUACUAAUCAGAGUUUCAUGAAUGAGACCAGGGGUUUCAUGAAUGAAACUAGAACCAGCUUCAAGAAUCAUGAGUCCUCCAUAAAAAAUUUGGAGACUCAAGUUGGCCAAAUUGCCAAGGCCAUUGCUGAAAGGUUCCCAGGUACGUUUCCUAGUGACACUCUUAUUAAUCCUAAAGACUCUAAAUCUGAAAAUUGUUCUGCUGUCACUCUUAGGAGUGGCAAAACUUUGAAUGAAAUUGAGGAGUUAGUUGAAAAGCAGAGUGUUGAACUUGAGAAAGUGGUUGAGAAAGAAAAAGAGGGAACAAAAAGUGAGGAAGUUGUAAAAAACAAAGAGACCUUAGAGCAAAUGCCAACCUAUGCAAAGUUCAUGAAGGAUAUUGUAUCUGGGAGGAAGAGAUUGAGUGAGGUGAAUGAAACAAUUAUGAUGACAGAGGAGUGUAGUGCAAUUGUCCAGAGAAAACUCCCCCAAAAGUUGAAAGAUCCUGGGAGUUUUACCAUUCCUGUUGACAUUGAAGGUUUGCCUGGGGCUAAGGCCUUAUGUGACUUGGGGGCUAGCAUCAAUCUGAUGCCGCUCUCCAUGUUUAAAAAGUUGAAUAUGGGUGAGGCCACUCCUACCUUGAUGUCUUUGCAAUUGGCGGACAGGUCCAUUAAGCACCCAUAUGGGAUUGCUGAAGAUGUUUUGGUAAGGGUGGACAAAUUUAUCUUUCCUGUUGAUUUUGUGAUUCUGGACAUUGAAGAGGACUCUAGAGUUCCUCUAAUUUUGGGGAGACCUUUCUUGGCAACCGGUAAUGCAAAAAUCAAUGUUGCCAAGGGUCUUUUGUCCUUGAAAGUUGGUGAUGAAAAGGUAAAGUUUUCUGUUUUUAGAACAUUGAAGCAUCCUAACUGUGAGGAUGUGUUUAGCUAUGAAGUGAUUGAUGAAUUUGUUUGUGAAGAGUUUCAGGAAAGGCGGCCUCAGAAGUAA